UUCGCCGCUGCUGCCUGAGCUCGGUCAGGUGUUCGUUGUACAGCGACGUAAACUUUCCAUUUGGGAAACUGAUUGGAUUUUGUGUCCGGACAAACACAGACGAGGCCAUGCUCAGACGGAUACUUCAGAUGACUCCUGGGAAAGGAGGCUCCCAGAACGCAGAGUCGGAGCAGCCCAGCACAGACCUUAACCAUGAUCAGACAUCUGAGGGCUUCAUCUGUCCUCAGUGCAUGAAGUCUCACAACUCUGCAGAGGAGCUGUUCAAGCACUAUGAGCUGUUCCAUGAUACUGGAGACCUGCCUGCUCAUGUGGCCCCCACUCGGGAAGACCUUACAAUGUUGCGGCAAGAGGUCCAGGACCUGCAUGCUUCUCUCAAGGAGGAACGAUGGUUCUCCGGAGAGCUCAAGAAGGAGUUAGACAAAUUCCAAGGACAACUGAAGCAAAACGACGGGCAGAUGGACUCGGAGGAUUCAGUCCUUGAAAGGAAGUUAAAUGAAGCAGAGACAGAAAAGUUUAACAUCAAGCAGAUGAAAGACCUGUUUGAGCAGAAGGCUGCCCAGCUGGCCACGGAAAUAGUAGACUUGAAGUCCCGCUACGAUGAGGAGAAGAGCCUAAGAGAGGCUUCCGACCAGAGGCUGAACAAACUGACUGAACAGCUGCAGAAAGAGAAGCAGGAGAACGAGAGACUCCAAACAGAACUGCUGCAGCGACCAGGAGUUGAGGAUGUGGAGGUGCUGCAGAAGGAGCUGGUGCAGGUCCAGACUCUGAUGGACAGCAUGACCCGUGAGAGGGAGGAGGAGUCGGAACGCCUCAAAAACCACUACGAACAGCUGCAGGCUAAUUACACUACCUCAGAGAUGACCAUAUCCCAACUAAAAGCAGAGCUGGAGAAGGGUCCACAGGAAGCAGCCGUCUACACGCAACAGAUCCACCAGCUGCAGAGUGAUCUGAAUAAUUUGCAGCAGCAAAGCCAGAGCCUGUCUGAAAAGCUUGCACGUAAGGAGAAGGAGUAUGAGGAACUGGAGGAGCGUCUGGGGGCUGAGAAGGCUGCCAGAAAGGGAGUUCAAGGCAGCCUGAGGGAGAGGGAGCUGGAGGUUCAAGAGCUCCAGGUUCGGGCCUCUGGGGCUGAGGCCUCCCUGCAGAAGACCCAGGCGGAGCUCAGAGAGAGGGCUGAGGAGGUGGCAAAGUUUAAAAGUGAGAUUGGGGAGCUGGAGGUGAAGCAUGCAGAGCUGAAGGUUGAGAGGAAACAGUUGGAACAGCAAAGGGAAGAAAAAGAGAGCCACGGUGCUCAGCAGCAGACUGAGAUCAGUCAGCUGCACGCCAAACUGCUGGAGGCGGAGAGGCAGCUGGGUGAGGUACAAGGUCGUCUUAAAGAACAGAGGCAGCUGUCUGGGGAGAAACUAAAAGACCGCGAGCAGCAAGCAGCUGACCUGCAGCUCAAACUGUCCCGUGCAGAAGAACAGUUGAAGGAGAGUGCCAGUAAGAAUACAGACCUGCAGCACCAACUGGAGAAAGCCAAGCAGCAGCACCAGGAGCUGCAGGCACUGCAGCAAAACACUAACGGCAAACUCCGCGAAGCACAGAAUGACCUGGAGCAGGUGCUACGUCAGAUUGGAGACAAAGACCAGAAGAUCCAGAAUCUAGAGGCUCUGCUGCAGAAGAGUAAGGACAUUGUGAGCCAGCUGGAAGCUGAGAGAGAGGACUUGUGUGCCAAGAUCCAGGCCGGGGAGGGAGAGACGGCUGUGCUCAAUCAGCUAAAAGAGAAAAACCAUGCACUACAAGAACAGGUUACACAGUUGACAGACAAGCUGAAGAACCAAUCGGAGAGCAACAAGCAAGCCCAGGAUAACCUCCAUGAGCAGGUCCAGGAGCAGAAGACCCUGCUGCGCUCAGCCCAGGACCGAGCCCACACCCUUGAGACCUCGGUAAAUGAACUCACUGCCCAGCUUGCAGACAGCAAGGAGAAAGCAGCCCAGCUGGAUGCUCAGCUGAAGGCAAAGACCGAGAUGUUGCUAUCUGCAGAGGCUGCCAAGGCUGCACAGAAGGCUAAUCUGGAGAACAACCUGGAGACUGCUCAGCAUGCAUUGCAGGACAAGCAGCAGGAACUGAAUAAAGUUCAGAAGAAGGUGGAGGAGCAGGUGCAAAGGCUCAAGGAGAGACAGGAGCAGUGCACACAGCUGGAAGCCAGUCUGAAGGAAUGCAAAGACAAACUAAUGGUCUCAGAGCAACGUAUAGAGCAGCUGGUGGGGCUCAAUAAGAAACUGGAGUCACAGGUUGGGGAGUUGCAGUCUGCACGUGACCAGGUGCAGCAAGAAAUACAAAAGCUGCAGAAGGAGGGUUCAGAGGUUAAACGGAAAGCUAAGGAGCUGCAGCACUCGCUGGAGACAGAGAAAGCAGGGACUACAACACUACAAGAGGAAUUAAAGAAAAAAGCAGCUGCUUUGAGUGACGUUCAGCAGCAGCUGGAAAACAGUGAGCAGGACAAAGCUGCUCUGAAGGUAACCCUGGACAAGGUGACCGAGGAGGGAAAGACUAAGCAUGCAGAGCAGGACAGGAAAGCUCAGAGCCUGGCGGUGGACUUGCAGAAGGCCCAACAGGAGAAAGAGGCUCAAAGGAAGGAGCUUGCCUCUAUACAGGAGAGCCUAGGAAAGGCUAAAAAGGCUCUGAAAGAGAGUCAGAGUCAACUGGACACAGAGAGGAAGAACCAUAAGUCAGCUAUGGGGGAGAAGGAAAAGGCCAAUGAAAAAGCCAGACAGGAGCUUCUUAAGAAUAAUGAGGCCAUCACCAAGGCAAUGAACGAAUCUAAAGAGCAGUUGGAGCAGAUGAGAGAAGCAGAGAAAAAGUUGACAGUGCAGCUGACCACAGUGGAGCAGCAAUACUCAAAGACUCAGGAGGUGCUGAAGGAGAAAGAGAAUCAGUUGGAGAAGCUGCGGGCACAACUCAAGACAGCUCAGGGGUCCUUUGAGGAGGAGACGAAGAAACUGAAGAGCCAAGUGGCAGAGUUACAGGAUGUUAAUGUCAAGAAGACAGAAGAGGAGAGUAAGCUGAGGGCGCAGGCGUCAGGUCUCGGCCAGGAGCUGGCCGCUGAGAAGAGUCGGGCGUCAGAGCUGCAGAAGGCCUUGGAGCGAAGCCAGGAAAGCCACACUAAGCUUCAGUCUGACUUCUACGGCAAGGAGUCUGAGGUCUCUGCCCUGCGUCAAGACCUGAAGGCAUCAGAAGAGAAGCUGAACCUGGCUCAGGAGGAGCUGGCAGCUAACCGAACCCAUCAGACAGGUUUAGAGGCUCAGAUCCGGGACCUGCAGACGGGCCGCGGCUCGCUGGAGCAGGAGCUGGCAAAACGGGACCAGAAGCUCCAACAGCAAGAACAAAACUUGAAGGAACUACAGAAGCAACAGGGUCAAGUAAAGGAGGAACUGGAGAAGGAGAGGAGUAAAGUGGAGGAGCUGAACAAAGCCAAGAGUGUCCUGGAAAAGAAUAACACCAGACUGACUUCUGAAUUAAAAGCAUUAACAGAGAAGAGCGAGAAGGAGCUGAGUGAGUUGCGAGAGGCCAAACAGCUGUUGAUCCAGCAGAAACUGGAGCUGCAGGGUCAGGUGGAGGCUGCACAGAGUGCCCUCAAGCAGGAGCAGAAAGAGCACCAGGCCACCAGGGACAGCAGGCGCCAGCGAGAGGAGCAGCUCCUCGCCCAAACCAAGGAAGUCCAGGAUAAGUUGUUGGCCGAGAAACGAGCCAAAGAAGAGCAGGUGAAGCGUGGGGAGGAGGCAGAAGCGAAGAUGGGUGUGCAGGUGACGGCUCUGAAUGAAAAUGUGGCCACACUGAAGAGAGAGUGGCAGGGCAGCCAGCGGAGAGUCGGUGAACUGGAGAAGCAGACAGAUGAGUUGAGAGGAGAGAUCGCUGUGCUGGAGGCCACCGUCCAGAACAACCAGGACGAGAGACGGGCUCUUUUGGAAAGGUGUGUAAAGGGUGAAGGUGAGAUAGAGAAACUGCAGGCCAAAGUGGUGGAGCUGAGGAGGAAGCUGGACGACACGACGGCAGCCAUGCAGGAGCUCGGCAGAGAGAACCAGUCACUCCAGAUCAAGCAGUCACAGUCUCUGACCAGGAAGUGGGCGGAGGACCAUGAAGUGCAGAACUGCAUGGCCUGUGGGAAGGGAUUUUCCGUCACUGUCAGGAAGCACCACUGCAGACAUUGCGGAAACAUAUUCUGCGCCGAGUGUUCAGCGAAGAACGCCCUCACGCCAUCCUCUAAAAAGCCAGUGCGGGUCUGCGAGACGUGCUUCGAGGAGCUCCAAGGCUGAUUUCCCCCUCUCAUCCCUUUACCUCCCCCUGAACACCCCCCUCCCUUAUCCACUCCCCCUCUUCCUACUCCAGCAGGCAGAAGAAGGCGUGUCUUUGUCAUAUUUUAAUGUGCACUAUCGAGGACAGACCCUGUGCGAAGACUCCCACCUGCAUGUGACUCCUGGCUCUGCUGCGGAGGGAAAUAAUGGAAGGGUUUUAAUGAAGAGACACCAGAGCCAUGUGACGGGAAUGUGGUGGGAUUGGUUGGGAUUGUCUGUAUCUGUUUUUGUGCCUUUGCUACUCCUGUGGACUGCCAGAGAGCGGAGACAGUGAGAACUAAACACCAUUUUAAGUUCUUUUGAGUUUGUGUUCACAUCUCCAUCGUUGUUUGGCGUCGUUAGCAGUUUCAAGCUGGUUGCUUUGUAUGCUGUGAAGUGUUUGGCAUCAGGAGGCGUGAGGUCAGUGCGACACUGAAAGAGUGACUGGGGAGGUAAAUACUGUAUUAGUGAUGUUGAAAAUCACUGCUGCCCUACAAAGGUAAAUGCAAGUAACUAUUUUGUCCAUGUGACGCAUUUUCUGUGUGUAACUUCAUCAAUCUGAUCACUGAUUGAGAAAUUUAAAUCAGUAAUUACAAAAAUAUUUUGGGAUAUUUUGUUGCCAGUUUAACUCGUAUUGAACUGAAUGAAAUGUAGAUUGACAUGUGAACACAAAGGUGUGUUGAAAUAGUUUUUUGCCUUUAGGAAAUCAUUAUUUGUGCUUAAACUGAAUUACGUGAAUUAAGUUCAUUUGGCCCCAAAACAAGGCGACAAGUUAAUCAGCUGAAGUUUUCAUAUGAUGUUUGUGGACAGGAUUUCAUGAAAAGAACAAGUUUUAAAAGUUAGAAUAUGCUUUAUGUUUUUAGAAAUUCACACCGGGAAAGAGUGCCAGAUCCUCGCUGUCAACAUUGGGUUGUACAGCGUAACAUGUGAGAUGUCAACAUUAUGUUCAACAGUAAAAAGGAACAAUUCAUCAGUGUGCACCAGCGAUUUUCUGCACAGGACCUGAGAUCAACCGUGGCAUCAAAUCUAGUUACAGUGUGUUUCCUUUGUGCGGCAGCGUGUUUGUGUAUUUGUUGAAAUUAAGGUUUAAACCUAAUUUCAUGACCAAAGAAUGUCUGCAGCAGGAAUACAGCCGAGAUGAAAACCCUGACUUUGUUUCAUAGUUCAGUAUUUUUCUAAGCAUCUCUCUGAAAGCUGUUGAGUUUUAAAUCACAGGGUCCGACAUUAUUAUCAUGAACGCAGCACGUGUGACGGUCUGAGAGGCUUUUAUGAGCAGUCAGUUGUCUUUGCUGUGCCACGUUUCUCUUUGCGUGCUAAUUUCUGCAAGUGAUAGUGCUUUCUGCAGACUGCUAAUGCAGUCAUCGAAGGUGCCUGCAUGUUUAUUUUAAGUUUCCUUUUUUUUUUAAUUCCUGCUGCUCGUCUCUGUUCAACUGCACUGACUACUGCUGGAGCUGUUUGUGUGUGUGUGCCUGAGUGUGUGUGAGUGCUUUGAAGCAAUAACUGUGGCUGUGUGUGUGUGUGACUUUGCUGUAACAGAGCGUGUGUUCAGGCCUGCUGUGUUUGUCUGCUGAGAUGCACUCACUGUACGAAUGUUGGCUGCUCAGAACCACAGUAUCUCUCUGGCACGUUGUUUGGGGACGCUGGUGCUGCUUUCAGGUGCAGCAGUUGCUGUCGUUUCUCUGUCCAACCUGUCUGCAGCUGCAGACACUGUAAGUGUGAAUUCCUGCUUUGUGUAAUUUAUAAUUGUCGACAGAUAUCGAUAAGAUCUUUUUUGUGCAAUUGUGGAGCAGGCGAGGAACACUGUAAGCCAGGCGACAAUGCAGGCUGUUCUGGCAUUUUGCAAACAAGCAGCUUGUUUCAGACUUUGGCUUACCAAAUUAUCUCUUUAUGCUUGUGUGCUCAUUGCAGAAAAAAAAGAACGUCCAUCUCAGUUGCAGGCUCUCAAGAACACCUGUCUCUUUUUGCGUUGCAUUGGUUUCGUUAUGUCUACCUCAGAUUGGCACAGGAAAAGCACUAUUUCUAAACCUUAGAGAUCACAAGUAUUGUGUCAUUGCCUGCAUUUGAUCAAGGAUUUGUGGUUUAUCUGUCAAGCUGUACAGUCCCUGAAAACCUAGAGAGAUGAUUUGCACCUUAUUGUAUUCUGGGCUCGUCCGUAUGAGAACCCAGCCACAAACGUAGGACCACCAACUUUAUACAGGCUUCAGCAUUUCUAGCCCAGAUGUACUUAACUGCUCAUUAAUACUAAGGCUGUCAUAAUUAUCUUUGUAAAUGUUUGUAUUGAGAGAGAAAAAGGAAAUAUAUAACACUUGUGGAUGUAGAAACAUGACAACAGUGGAAAAUGUGUGUGGACUCAUCAGUGUCUUACUCAUUUUUACAGAAUCGCACCACAGACCCGUGCACACUGAAUUGUGGCUUGCUUCGUGUUGCUGUCAGUUAUCAUGCAUGAUGACUUAACUGGCCUGUGGCGUUUUCUCCAUGUUUAGAGUCAUCAUAACUCCAUGGUCGUGAAGGUGUGCCUUAGGCCAACGUCUCGUACGUCACUGCUCACUGUCAGCGGGGACACGCACCAUGUAUUUACCACAGUCAGGGUGACGUCAGUUCGCCCGAAGGGACGAGAGAAAUCAUGUAAUUUAUGUUCACGUGCACCACUUGAUUUUCUAAUUCAUCGCCAUGGCAAACCUAAAUAAAA